UACAUAUUAAUUAAAACAUAUUUAAUUUUAUAUUGGUAUUAAGUUAAUAAAAGAAAAGAUAUGUUUAUCUUUAAUAAUUCAAGGUGCUACCCAGUGGGAUAGUUCUUAGUAACUCUGACUACCAUACCAAAGGGCCGAGUUGAAAUCCUGAAGAAGGCAUGAAUGUUGUAAAUGUAUAGUGUAUUUGUGGCAGUGGAGUACUCUAAACAUAUGUAAGCUGAAAGUCAUCUCAUGUGGUUUGGUGGUAGAGGAAGAGGGUCAUUAUACCCCUAGGCCACCCCCUGGUAUGCUCUCCCUCAGAAUCUGGAUGAAACUGAGCAAAAUUGUAGUGUCACCUCUAUAGAGCCCAAGACUCUUGCCAACAACAGACACAACCUUGUAUUCCUUGCCUUGAUAAAAUUCAUGGGUUUGUUUUGAUUAGGUCAGACAAGUGAGAUUAAUCACAAUAACAACAUGUGUCAAGGCUGUUAGUUGUUAGUUAAUCUUAAUAACUAACAAUUAAAUAAAUGUUGAUACUUGCAUUAAUGACAUUGAUGAGCCUGUGAAUUCUUGCUCAGCUGUUCCAUUUUUGGAGGUAUACUGGUACUGAUCAUAAUGCUGUGUGAAAAGUUAUGAAAAUUAUCCGAUUCCAACAAAAGCGAUUCUUCAUCUGCUUGAUAUUUUUUCUUGCUGUUUUGUGUGUUGCACAUUAUAUUUUCUGGAGUGCUGAUGAGGAUGAUAUACCUGAGUGUUUUCUACCUGAAGAUGAUUUAAGAAAAGUGGAAAAACUGUUAAUUGCAAUACAUGACCCUUUGAAAGCACUGAAUUUGACUUACUUUUUAUGUUAUAACAGUUUAUGGGGUGCUUUAAAAAUGAAAGGGCCUUUGCCAUGGCAGAAUGCUUUAGAACUAUGUGUACUAAACAAGCAAAUAUCUGCCAUUGAUGAAGGCUUCUUAGCUCGAUCAUUUAGGCACAGUGGACUUUCGAUAACUUAUAACUCUGCUGGAGGCUUUUAUACAGUUUUUAAAUUUGGUGAAACUGUACCGUCAGCUACUUUAACUGUGUUUGAAGAAGACCCUAUAACUCGUCAAAUGAGAAGAAUUGGAUGGAUUCACCGAAUGCUUCCACCAAAUUCAUGUGAAGAAUUAAAUUGCUUUCCACCAGAGCUUAUAGCUCAUCCUUUACCUACAGUCACAUUUGGUCAAUUAGAAGUACCUGCCCCUAGAGAUGGUAUUGAAAUACAAAAAUACUUAUUUCCCUAUUCAUGGUGGAAAGAAAUAACUCCUUCAAACUGUCGGGAAACAAAUCAAUAAUAUAUUCAUUUAGGCUGUUGUGAGAAUUUCAGCUGUUAUUUUUGCAUAAACCUACAAAAUAUUUAGAUUCGGUAUGCUAUAAAAAUUCAUGCCCCCCAUUGUCUUUCUUAAUUCCAGUUUUAUAGCAUUUAGAAACUUUAAUGGUUAUAAAUAGUAGUGAUACAGUGUUAUCCACAUGGCUGAUGUGAGUUUGUUGCUUGCAGUAGAGAAAAUAAAAUAAGGAGUGAAUAAAAAAUUAAUGUAAAUGUAAGAAUUUUUUAUUAUCUUGUUCCUUUAUGUUACAGUAUGAGCACUGCAUGUGUGCUCCACUAGAGAAAAUAAAGUAUGAAGUGAAUAAAAUAUUAAUGUGUCUAAGAAUUUGUUAUCUUGUUUUUUUUUUUUUUUUUUUUUUUUUUUUUUGUAGUAUAAACUGUACAUGUGCAUUUGAAAUAUCUUUUAGUAUUAAAAGAUUUCUUUGAACUUCUGAUAUUGGCUGGCUGUCAUAUAUAGCUGAUAUUUUUGCGAAUCUGUUGUUUUAUUGCUUUUUGCAAAUAAUACACUUGAUGCUUCAUUGAUAUUUAUUUAUAAUUCAACAUAUUAUUCAUUCCACUCAUGAUUGUUGUAUGUAUUGUUAAUACAAAAUAUAUAUGAACAUGUUUUCUGAGAUUUAUUGUAAAUUGACACCUGUUAUGUGCUAGCUAUAUUAAGUAUGUUUUUAGGCUAUCAUAAAGUGAACACAUGUCAGUUUUAAUGGAUCAUUACAAAAGUGUGACAAUUUUUGAGGCUAAUUUUUUUUCACAAAUAUGUUCAUUAAUAAAUAUCAAAUAGUUUUACUAAUUCUUAAUGUUUAUUUUUAAUUAAUUUUAUAAAAAAAUUUCCAUGAAAGCUGUUAAUGUUUGCACAUUUCAGUUUUACAAUUCAUUGUAAAAUUCAGUUCAAGGUUUAAUCUUGUAAAUACGUGUACUGUUUAAAAGGAGAAAAUAAAGAAUUCAUUACUCUGUUG